ACCGCGCGUCAGUGCUCCAGCGGACACGAUCGCGGGCGUACUGUGUCCUAUCGUUUCAUUUUUAUUCAUCUCGGCGGUUCCUAUUACGUCGUGUAGCGUGAAGCUCAUCGUGUGCAACGAAUACGUCGAGUGCUUUUAAAGUGUGGUGCGUGUGAGUGAGGCAUAGUCGUGCAAGUGGAAGCCGUUCGUUUCCGGAAAAACGAGAGUCGCUCCGCAACAUUCCGAGCGUUCCCGACAUUCCUCGCGAGCGCGCUGUGUCCCGAAGUGAAAAGACGCCGUUCAAUUUCGAAGUUUCCGUGGCGAAUCCUCGCGCAAGUUCCGCGUCUUCCGUCGUAACGGUGGAAAUCGUUUGGGCGGGAGAAUAGUCAGCGGACGUCCACGAUUAUCAAUAACUCACUUAUCCAUAACUCGUCGCAGACGAAAUUGUUCCUCGUGAUUCACUUUUUGUGACCUCACUAACGUUAAAGAAAAUCAUCGAGUUCGACUUCGAAUGAAAGCGAAACGCCUAAUUCCAUACGUAUAUCGUACGCGCCAUUCACGGCUAGUUAAUACACACAAUACGCGUGAAUUCACGCCGGCAAUUACACACGAGUGACGUGGCAGCGCGUGUCCGCCGGUCGUCAUCAAUUUUUCACCGCUACAUUUCUGCUUGGGCUACGUUUCCGAUCUACUCCAUUGUCGCUCGCCAAUUUCAAUACAACAUAACCUUAACGUCAAUUGUCAACAAUUAGCACUAUUGUUGUUACGCCCGGCCGGAUUUCAGGCACAAUCGGACACUAACGUGCUCCAGUUUUGGCGCUGACGCGGAAUCGCUGCCAAUAAUAAUAAUCGACUGCCAGAUCGAGGACGUGCAUAGCGGCGAAGCUUGACUUUUGCCGGUUCGCUCGUCGGGACAUGCAACAGCUCCGUGUGACCUUUUGAAAUGCAAUCUGUACAGCCGAAAUAGCACGAUCGUGUCAGGUAGUCGUCCACCGGCCUGUAUCGACGAUCGAAGCUCGCCGCACGCAAAACUCUCGAGAGUUUGCUCGUCGUCGCCGAUUGCAAAAAGCCGGCACCACGUUAUGCGCUUACGUAGAUAAAGAUAACAACUCACGCGGACGCAUGCCGACACGUCGCCGAUCGUCGACCUCGCUGCUUCGUGUCGCAUCGUACAUAUUUUAAUGCGAUUAGCACGAACGCAAUAAUCGCUGCCUGUCUAGACAGAUCGGACAGGAUUAUUUAUUUGCGCGAGUUGAGUUUCUCUGCGAGAAACAACUGCGAUUAAUUUUGCGUCAAGUGAAACUUGGACGUCCCACCGAAUACUGCCCAUAUAUCGUUCUGUGAUAAAACCUGUGAUAUCCGAAGAUUUCACCGAGAUCGACGAGAGGACCGGCUCUUUUUCGUCUCCGGAAGUCGUUGCUGAUAAUCGCGAGGCCUAAUCGGCUCGUUCCUUAACUUCGUCGGGUUACGUUAUCUCCAAGGAACAAUCUGAAAAGGCUCAUCGGUUGUAAGGACUUGAAACAAAAGUCGCGCACUUGCCGCCGUGCUCGAAUUACGUACAACAAGUGGUUCGCAACUCUGCCAAUACGAGCGCAAUUCAGUCCGAGACUCCAGGCGGCUGGACGAGCUGCGGCAAGUGUCUGGACGAGAUGAGGCUCAUGCAAAGAUUAGCGAUCAGCGGAUUGCUGUCCGUGGUCCUGAUUCUCCUUCUGACUGGAACCUUGGUGACGCGACGUGAUCUCGCGAGUGUCAUCGUCGAUCGUGGCGUUGCGCCGGAAGAGCGCAGCGAACAGGUGAAUCCAGCCUGGAUGCAGGACAACGUGGUCCCUGGGCAGGACGAAUCUGAAAUUCAGAACAAAGAUAACGAUAAAGAUCGACGUUUAGACAAGCAUAAACAGUCUGAGUUUUCGGCGGUUGGACCGCCGGCUGCAUCUACACCUGGCAUUUACGUUAUUAGAUCGCCUAAUCCGCCUCUGGAUGACGUAACUAAUCAACGCCGUGAAAAGGUUAAAGAGAUGAUGAAGCAUGGUUGGGAUAACUACGUGCGAUACGCGUGGGGGAAAAACGAACUGAGGCCAAUCUCGAAGAGAGGUCAUAGCGCCAGUAUCUUCGGAGCCUCAAAUAUGGGCGCGACUAUCGUCGAUGGACUCGACACUCUUUACAUCAUGGGUCUUCACGACGAGUUUAAGCAGGGCCGCGAUUGGAUUGCCGAGAAUCUGGACUUCGAUAUCAACUCCGAAAUAUCGCUGUUCGAGACGAAUAUUCGCUUCAUGGGAAGCCUGCUUGCUUGUUAUGCUCUCACAGGGGACGUGAUGUUCCGGGAUAAGGCGGCGCAGCUCGGCGAACGGAUGCUGCCUGCCUUCCAGACGGAAACCGGAAUUCCUCAUUCCCUCAUCAACCUCCAUACCGGGGCUAGCAAGAAUUACGGUUGGGCGAGCAGUGGCUGCAGUAUUUUAUCCGAAAUCGGAACGAUGCAUCUUGAGUUUACCUACUUGAGUGAUAUAACGAAUAAUCCAGUGUUCAAGAGUAAAGUCGAGAACGUGAGAAAGGUCUUGAAGAGCUUGGAAAAACCGAAAGGUCUAUAUCCGAAUUAUAUCCAUCCAAGAACCGGAAAAUGGGGUCAACAUCACAUGUCGCUCGGUGGCCUCGGCGACAGUUUCUACGAGUACCUGCUCAAGGCUUGGAUUCAGUCGGGCAAGGAGGACUUUGAGGCACGCCAAAUGUACGACGAAGCAAUAGCCGCGAUAACUGAGCACAUGAUCAAGACAUCCCCCGGCAAACUUGUGUACGUGUCGGACUUAAAAUACGACAGGCUAGAGCAUAAAAUGGGUCACCUAGCUUGUUUCGCCGGCGGUAUGUUUGCUCUGGGCGCCAAAACUCUGGAAAAUGAGUUAUCUGAAAAAUACAUGAACACUGCCGCCGGUCUGACCAACACGUGUCACGAAUCUUAUGAUAGAAGCGCUACGAAACUCGGUCCGGAAGCUUUCCAUUUUAUCGAAGGCAACGAGGCCAGAAGCCUAAAGAAUGGCGAGAAAUAUUAUAUUCUGCGACCCGAGACCUUUGAAUCAUACUUCGUAAUGUGGCGGCUAACAAAGGACCCGAAAUAUCGCGAAUGGGGUUGGGAGGCGGUUCAAGCACUGGAGAAACAUUGUCGAGUCCCCGGAGGAUUUACGGGACUUAACAAUGUUUACCUGGUUGACUCGGCGAAAGACGACGUCCAACAAAGUUAUUUCUUUGCUGAAACAUUGAAGUAUCUUUAUUUACUCUUCAGCGACGACGAUCUCAUAAGUCUGGACGACUGGGUGUUCAAUUCUGAGGCUCAUGUGCUUCCUAUCAAGAGUAAUCCUUUGUACCGCCCGGCUCCUUCUUUAUAAGCCUGGCAAGUUCACGACAGUUCGGACGAUAUCGACAAUUCUCAUUCGGCAGUGAUAAAAUUCAUAGAUAACACAGCGAUACACAAUGGAUCAAAAUUAUAUAGCGACUGAAGGGAUUUACUUUACAUUGAAAAGCGAGUUUCUCGUUAAUUUUGUAUAACAUUAUGCAGAUUGCAAAAGAGAAAGUUUAACUAAAAAAAGAGAAAAUAAUACAAUUACAUACAUAUUUGUUUUCCUAUUUUUCUUCAUUCACGUCAUAUCUCGAAAACUUUAUAAAAUGGAUUACAAAUACAAAUAAUUUUAUAAUUAUCAUUAUGAUACACUCCGAUUUUGAGCCAUUGUGUAGCACAAUGGAAUCAAGAAUUAAUGAGGAUAAAAGAGAAUUAGUCUGCCCUUCAAUUCGAUCGCGUGUAGAAAGCGAUAGAGUUUAAAUUAAAAUAAUUAUUUUAGGUAAACAAAAGAGAGAAAAUGAGAGCGAGAGAGACGAAAGAGCGCGAGGAGAAUGAGAGUGAGAAAAGCAGAAUUAAAAUGUUAACGAACGUUAUUUAAGCCACACGUUUGUAAAUAGCAAAAAUAAAGAGAGUGAGAAUGAGAGAACGAACGAAAGAAUUAUUAAAAUAAGAGAAAAUGUUGCGAGAGUAUAAAUGCUUUGCCCAUUUCUUUUUACAGCCGCAAUGCAAAGUCUACCAAUACUUAAAUACGUAUUCAUGACGUUGUAGUUGUACAUCCUUAACAUUUUUAACAUUCUCUAAUGAUCAAAGCGGAAAAGUCGAUGAUUCAGCCGCGUUUCUUUCUUUUUCGUGUUAAUUACUCUGGAAAAUGUGACUCUGCCAGAAAUACGCGAAGAAACGUUAUUAAGACUGGAAAUCUUAUCAGGUUAUACCUUGGAAGAAGAACUACAUUAAUUAAAUCAAAUAAACUAAAUUAUCAAUAAUAUGUAUAUAUAAAUAUAUAUGUGUUCACAUAUAUACAUAUAUGACAAAUGUUUCUGUCAAUGUUUCUUCAACAUUAAGUUGACGAGUUUUUUUUUAUUGCGUACGAAUUCAGUGAAUUGUCGUUGUUUAUUGAAACUAUGUGUGAACUGCUUUUAUACAGCUAAAUGAGGACAAGUUUCAUAUCAAUCGAUGCAAGCUUGUUUUAUAACGUUAAAACUUCGAAAAUAAAACUGUCAAUCAAUCAAAAAAAUAAAAAAAAAGUAAAAAGAAGAAAAAAAACAAUAAACCGAAAAAACUGUCAAACCAUCGUUGUUAAAACCGCUCCGUACAAAGUUUUGUAACGCUAACGUUUCACAUGCGCCUUUUUCCCGGAUUUUUAUCGAUGUCCUUUAAAAAGAUUUUGACUAUCCAACAAUUUUGCUAUAUCUCUUUUCCUUCUCAGUCUCCAAAAUUUUUAACAAAAGAAAAGAGAAAAGUACAUAAACCAACUGUCAUUCUCACGAUUGUGGUGCGAGCGUGCGUGCUUUUACGGCGGACAAACGAAAUGGAUAAAGAGAAAGGCCAGAGAGGAUGUAAAUCAAAUGCACGAAUGUUCGCGGCGUACAACGGCGAUCAUUAUUGUGAGUCAUCAGUAUCAAUCGAAUGUCGUAGUUGUAAAGCAAUGUAUCAGCUGGUUAACUAGCAAAGUCUGUAAUGAGAGAUAGACCUGUAUAUACAGUUUACAAGAAAGUCAUAUUCUAUACAAGGAGUGUGAAGUGUAUAGAGUGGAAUUGUAGAAGAAACACCAUAUAAUUAUAUAGCGCUUGUACCGAAUGUAAAAAUUGAUUCGUCCAAAUCAAAUUCCUCAAUAUUCAACGAGAAACUAUCAGGAACAGCAAUGUCUCAAAGACGCGCAUUUUCGCAAUGUUCAGGGUCGAACUUGCAGUUGUAAUUACAAUUAUAGGAGAUCUUUUCGGUAACAAUAACGUUAAUCAUUUUUAUCUGAAAUGUUGGUCUCGUACAGACAAUCUGAUUGAUCUGAUUUUUGUUACGAGUCCUCGAAUGAACUAGUUUUGUAAAAUAUUCUCCAGUAAAUUUGACCCUGGUGGUAUAUCUUAUUGAACUUCCGAACAAUCAGUUAGCAUCGCACUUGUCGAUGAUAAGAACGGGCCGGAAAGUUACUUAAUGUAUACAUAGUGCAGUUCUCGCGUUAUGUUUAAUGAUAAGAUGAGGUUUCGAAGCAGAGUUUUCGAAAUGUCUCUGACAAGCGUGAGAUAGAAAAUAUAUACAUAGAGAGAUUUAUAUUAUGAGAUUUACACACGCGCGCGUAACAUUCACAUUACGUGUCCUGGAUGGUAGCGAAAUGGUUGGAUGAGCGACUAUGCAUUGAAUUAGCGCGUGAUAAUAGUCGAUAAUAAUCAUUUUUGUUUCACCAUCGAAUCUCUUAAGAGAUUUACGCGUUCUAUCGUGAUGCUUGUUAUACGUCAAUUCGGCAAACGUUCAAUGUUAAGCGGAAAGAGUUGCACCAAGUUGGCCGAUAUUAAGCGUCGCUGACUAAGCCUUUUCUCUCCGACUACAUCAUAGUCUUAACUAACCGUUGGCAGUUAAAACUAUGAUGUAAAGAGGGGCAAGAAACCGAAACAACAAAUAAUUUUUAUCGUGUUAUUUGCGAAAAAAAAAUUGUACGCGUAAAACAGUAGCUUGUACAUUCUGCGCGUAGACCAUAGAUUCUUCAUAAGUGGAUUCUCAUAGAUAAAUCACGAUCAGUUAAUGAUGGUGCAACUCGCUCAAGAUAAUUCACGAAACGAUGUACAAUGUCUCACCCAGUAAGAUAUCAUAGACAAGAUUCAUUUUGUAAUACAAAAUUCAUUUUGUAUCACAGAUAAUCAUCAUUAUUGAUAAUUAGAAUGAAGUAUCAA